AUGGCGAAACGACGUCGUGAUCCUAGUCCCAUAGGUACAACACCAACGGAAGCAGCAGAAACAGCGUACAACACUGUAUUCAUAGACACCAGCCUCGACACCCACCUCGCCAUGCUUGUCUCCUACUGCGAUACCGUCUCCGAUUUCAAAGAGAAGAUAACAAUGGAGCACAUUAAAUGCUUCCCAAAAUUUGGGAAGAUAAAGAUCCAAUCUUUGAAGGUAAGACGCAGAGGGAAUUUUUAUCAUCUGCCAGACUUCAUGCUUGUUCGGAGUGCAUUUGAGGGGAUUAAAAGAAAUUGGUUCCUAUCUGCUGAAACUUCAAGCCUCAAGGAAUUUAAUGACAACAAUAUAUCCUCUGCUCCAGAUGGGAAGGGGAACUUACUUUCCAUCGAAUAUCCUCGAGGCGAUGGACAAAGCAUUCUUCUAGAUGAUUCUCCUAAAAUUCUACCCCCCAUUCGUGAAUCCAAGAGCCAAAAUAUUCCAACUGCUGAUGGUCAUUCUAGUGAUAUGUAUUCUGAUGCAAACAGGAUAUCUGCCCUCAAAAUGCUUCUGUCAGAUGGUAAUGAUGAAGCAAAUGUAGUUUCAGAAAUGACUUUUGGGCUGAAGGUUGAUGACAAAACUGGAGAUAAUUCAGCGGAACAAUCUCUGAGGACCGUUUCCCCUCCCAAGAAGAAGCAUAAAAGGAGGCACGGCAAAGAUGGAUCUCAUGGUCCUACUUUUGAACUUGAAAGAUCAGGAUUUCUUGCAUCCACAAAAGAUACAAUAUCACGCUCUGAGAUUUCUGGCUCUGGAAAUUCUUUAGUUGGUAUGCCUGAAUCUGAGGACGCACAACAAAGAAAACAUAUUCUGCUUGAGGUAACUGCUGCACUGUCUGGCGUACAAACUGAUCAAUUUCAGAAUGAGGUUGGUGAUGUAUUUGACAAAAUAUUGCAACUUGAAUCUGCUGCAGUGAAAGAGUAUAAAGUAGGCAGCAACCAGAGCACUGAAAAUCAUUUAGAUUCUGGUAACAGGAAAGAGGAUUCCAUGUUGGAGAGUGUAAUUAACGUUCCCGAAAACUCUAUGGCUGAGAAACAUGAAAUGCUUGGAUCAGAUGUUGCAACUGUACAAUUGGAGGGCAAUGCUUCGGGGCCAAGUUUAAGUACAGAGAAGAGGAAGAAGAAAAGAAGAGGGAAUCACACAGAAAAUUAUACCCAUCACCCUCUACACAAAAGUGCUCCUGCAGUUAAUCAUGAAGAGACUGAUCAGACUGAUAUGGAAGAAAACCAAAAGGAGUUUUCACUGAACCAUGACCCUGAAGUGAUGCAGUCUAUGAAAUUAGGACCUAAAGAUCAUGGAGGAAAUAUCACAGAAUCGGCCCGACUAGAUAAACAGUCAGAUGCCUGUGGGGAGAGGGGACAUGACAGUGGAAGAAAGAGAAGGUCCAAGAAGUCAAGUGCAAAAAUUCUGCAAGAAACAGAUGUCAAACAUUCUAACAAUGUGACUUGUGCAGAUGAGCCAAAUUUAGAAUUUAAUAAUGCAAAAAAUGAGAGCAUCCUGACCCCAUCUGAAACUUGCCAGACUACUGAAAUUGAUGCGAGAAAUUUGAUAGCAAACCACGAGCUGAUAAAAGUCCCAUGCGUAGCAGAUGUUACCGUCAAAGAACCAAAUCUUUCAGCUAAACUGUUGGAUGCCAAUGGUGCAAUUGAAGCAGCUAACUUUUCUGGAAUCAAGAGGAAGAAGAAGAAGAAGAAGAGGAGUACCCGGAAGUCUUCUGCAAAAAUUCAAGAUUCAUCAGUUAUUGAGCACAGUACUGAAAAAAGUGAAAGCGUGGAGAAUUAUACCCGAACUCUUUGGUGUAAAAGCAAUGAACAGGAAAGUGGAUUGUCAAUUAACAAUGACCCUGAAGCAAUUCAGCCAUCAAAUAGCAACUCUUUAUUUUGUGAUAAACCAGAUAUAACUCUGAAAGAAACAAUUUCUACAGAACAGUUGUUGGAUACAAAAACUGUUGUGGAACCUGGGAGCUCUGGGGGCAGUAGGAAGAAAAAGAGAGUCAAGAAGUCUGAUCCCCUUUAUCUGGAACCCUCUGGCAUGGAGCACACCACUAAGGAGGGUGUGAAUGGCACUUCAUCCGAUGAAAAGAGACAAUGGAUUUCUUUCAACAAAGGAAAAGACUUAAUCAAAAAGAAGUCAUUGGAGGGUUCUGCUGAAUAUACUUUUGAGGAAGUUGAUAAUGCUAAUGGAAAUGAGGAAAAUUUAUUGCCAUUAGCUCAGACUGGUAGAACAAAUCAAAGUACGGAGAUUACGGGCGAGAAAAUAACAAAGAUAGAGGGGGGAAACCUGAACCCUGCAGAUAGUUGCUAUAGAGAUCUUCCUCUCGACGAACAAGAAAAACAGGUGAAAAGUUCACAGCUGGAUCAAGUACACAAAAAUCAAGAGAGUACAGGACAUAUGGAUAAAAGGGAAAAAGAGGAAAUAGAAAAGAAACAACUCACUGCAUCAAAAGACCAUGAAAGUUCUCCAAUCAAAUAUCAUGAAGUUGGUGCUGAAGACUUAACAGCUUCUAAUGAUAAACUUGGAAUGACCUGUAAUCUGUUGGAAUCAGCAAAGGUAAAACUAAACAUAGCAAGUCCUUCGACUCAAUUGGCUGUCUCUGAGAUGGAAGUUGGGAAGGAGAAGCUUAAGGGUAUGCCUGAAACUGAUCUUCGAACUGACAAUCUGGUAAAUAAUUUUGAAAAUGAAGAUGAAGGGAUUAACUUCAAAAGCUACUUCAUUCCUAGUCAACAACAGGAUAAAGUUGCCUCUAGUGGUGGUGUAAAAGUAUCAACCAAAUCAAAUCAGAAGAGGAAGGCUGAGAAGAACAAGAAGAAGCACGAUUCACCUUCUGUGAGUGCUACACUUAAUGUUCAAAACUCAGUCAAGUCAUAUGAAAAUCAGGAGUGUGAAAACACAUCUGUUAUCAGACAUGAAAAAUUACCAUCAAACCAUGAUCACAGUGAAGUCAUGCUCAAUACCAAAAAGUCCUUGAAAGUUUCUGAAAAUCUGGAAAAAGCUUCAAGUCAGACUGAUGUUGCAGGGACCGGAACUCUUCAAAAACCUGAAGAAACCCCUUCUGCAUAUGAUUCUGAGGCCAUUAGGGCUGCAGCUGCCCGUUCGGAGGAAAACAACAAAUCUUUGGCUGGAUCAAGCUCCAAAAGAUCCACGACAUUUACUGAAAAUGGAAGGGAUAAAAGUCGACAGUCAGAUGUAGCUAAUCAGAUUACUUCCAGUAAAAAUGCCGGGAUAGUUUUGAACAGUUCACAACCAAAGAAGAGUCUGUUAGCUAAAUCAGGGACAGUGUUUUGGGAUAAUGUUAGUGAAAGUUCUGGCGAUGAAAAUGGGACUAUAAAUUCAAAUUCCAGCACAUGCACUCCAUCAGAUAGUUCAUCUUCAUCUGGAAACUCAGAAGGGGAAAGUGAAUUGAGCCAGAAGUCUACUAGAAAUGGAUCCAAUUGUGCAAAGAAAACAUUUGCUGGAGGGAAAAACAUUUUGAAGUCAGAUUUAUCAGGCCAGAAGAAUAUAACCAUGGAUAUGCUUCUCAGAAGCUCUGCCAGCUUCAAGAAAGCUAAGCACAUAGCUACUCAACAAGUGCUUGAAGACGCUGAAAGUCAGCCAGUAGAUUUUGUUCCUGACAGUCAAGUAAACACAUGA